AUUUUAUACCAUAUAUAAGAGUAAAAUAGUUUUCCGUUAUCCAAUGCAGUUUCUUAAGUGUAAAACAAGGCAUUCUGCAUUUUAAAAUAAGAAAAUUUCGAAGGAACAGGACGUGAUAUAAACGCUCUUAUUGCUUUUGCUGGGAAAACUCUUUAACUGCGUGAAGGUCAAUAUACAGAAAUGUGCGAACUUCACCAUACUACCCGAAGUAUAGAACAACUUACUUAUACGUAUGUAUUGCUGCUAGCAUUAACAAUAGUGAUUGCUGUGGAAGCUACAAAUACCGCAACGACAAUAUUGCAUAGUAAUAGAGAUAGUGGAGAUAACGAGUUCACAGCCAAAAUAGGAAGCAAUGGGUUUGUCGUCGACCAAUCAAAACAAACUCAUUCAAGAAGAAAACGCUUGGUGUGGAUAACAGAGGAUGGUCGACUUGCUUUGCCGCCAGGCACUGCACUUACAAUUACGCCGACAAUUUCAAUGCCAUUAGUCCGACAUCCUCCAGAAGGAUUCUUUUCCAAUGUAUCCAUUAGCUUUCCAUUGACAAUUGACUUUGACAAACUCGGUUUAACAGAUGAAUCAAAUCCCUUAGGUGAUUUGCCACCUGUAUUCACAAGGCAGUUUGGUCGUUCAACAGGACAUGUGCUGGGAGACUAUGUGGCUCGUUAUCUCAAUUAUAAAAGUAAACGAGAUUUGGCUGCACAGAGUAAGCCUUUAGACAAGGAAACGCCUGUUUUUAAAAUAAAAAUGGAUUCCGAAAAUGUAGAAAAAUUAGAGUUGCCGCGACUACCGGAACAUUUUAAACAUGCAUUUCAUGGUGGCGAAAGAGUAAUACUUUAUGGAGUGGUGGAGGAUUUACUUGGAACUUUUGGUAUAAAUGGAAAAGCCUGUUUACUACGUACAAUAUGCGAAGUUCAUUCCCGGAAAUUGCAUCACUUAGGCGUACUCGGCGAAAUAACGAAACUGUUUUUAACAGCAACUAAUUCACCAUUUGCUGAACUUAUUCCGGAAUAUGUGCGGGCACAGGAAGUUGGAGAAGGUCGGAAAGCUCCCGGUGAAUGUUUUCCCUAUUAUAAAGAGUGUCCAAAGAGUAUAUUUAGAGAAACGCAAAAGGAUAAAUACAGUGAAUCACAAACGGACGAUUAUGAUGAAUUACAAGAAAAUGAGAUUAUCAAGGAAGAACUGCCUGAUAAAUUAUUCAAAUUCUCAACAGCGAAACAAACAGAAAACCAUCAAAAAAAGAAAAAGUUAUUUAGCAUGUGAGAACUACUAGUAAACAAAAAACUUAAACACAAUAUUAUUAAAAUGAAAAAAAGCUGUGAAUAGAAUUUUUGCAACCUUUGUGUUUUCGGGAAAUUGAAUAAUUUACAGUAAUGUUCAAUAAAAGUCAUUUAUAGCAAUUUGCUCAUCAUCAAUCUAAGUCGAAUUUAUAAUUUAUUGUUAUAAUAUAUCCAUAAAAUAUU